UCAUUCUCUUUCAGUGUAGAACAAUCUAUCCCGUUGUGUCCAAACCCAGCUGAUCGCCGUCAGUCUGUCAGUCGACUUUUCCUGUAAAAGGUUUUUCACACGACUUGAUUCGUGCGAUUCGAGCUGUAAUUUUUAUUGGAAAAUUUCAAAAAAUUGUGAUAAAUUUUAGCUUAUUUGUGUUGUGUUGAGUAUCAGAAGAUUGAAUAAUCGCCGGACAUGGAGGAGGAGCAGCAGCAGACCAAGUACAACAUCAUCGACGAAAAGCCUCCAUUCAAUGCUCCCCUCAGGGCACAGUACAAACAGGGCUUCGGCUAUUACACCGUUCGAGACCGCCUUCCGGUAAUUUUAACACAGGUAAUAGAUCAACUUUCCAAGGAUAAGGAAACCAUCGUGGAACAUCUGGGCGAGGAUGCCCGCGAAGAGCUCAAGCAGGUGAUUGGAGAAAUUUCCAAACUCAAGUAUGAGCUGCAAACGGAUAAGGAGUUCAAACCAAUCUCCUCGGAGCUGGGCGACGAACAGCUGUGGAACGAUUUCAUCGUGAGUUUGGGCGACUCAAACAGCUACUAUUCGGCGUGUUGGCUGUACUCGGAAACGUACAUGUACCGGAGGUUGAACAACAUCUUCGAAGCGACGACAAAGUUGAAAGAUUUAGACUACUUUCUGCAGCAGAAGGACAAAGCCCUCACGACUGCGUACGAUGCGAUUGCUGCGGUGCUGAAAUCGAUCGAGAAUUUUAACGCCAAUAAAAAUGACAAAACAGAGGAGGAAAUUGGCGAGUUCUUUCGGAAAAUGUUGAAGCUCAACCUCUGGGGUAACCGGUGCGACCUUUCGUUCUCGGGCGGCGCAGACGUCAAACCCGACAGCGACCCGUUCAGCUUGCUCGACAACCUGGACGCGUUCAUCGUCAGCGACGGCACUCGGGCCGUUUGGGAGUGCGUCCGCGGUGCCAAGCAGAACCCUCCUGCUGCGGUGGUCGACAUCAUCAACGACAACUCCGGGUACGAGCUGUUUACCGAUUUGUGCCUGGCGGAUUUCCUGAUCGAGCACGGGUUGGCCGCGCGGGUCAACUUCAACGUGAAGGCCAUUCCGUGGUACAUUUCGGACGUGACGCCGAACGACAUGAUGCUGACGCUGGAAACGCUCGAGGGGCAUGAGAAUGCGUUGUUGGCGGGAUUUGGGCGGCGGUUGAAGAGUAGAUUCGCGGAGGGGACACUGGACCUGAAGGAUGUGAACAACUUCUGGACGUCGCCGUACGAGUUUUGUAGAAUGAAGGAGAUUAAUCCGGAGUUGUACGAGGAGCUUUCGCGGUCGGACCUGGUGAUCUUCAAGGGAGAUUUGAACUACAGGAAGUUGCUGGGAGAUUAUAACUUUCCGCAUUCGACGCCGUUCCGGGAGUCGCUGCGCGGAUUUACACCGACGAAUUUGUGCACGCUGCGGACGGUGAAGGCGGACCUGAUCAGUGGACUCGAGGAAGGGCUUUCGGAAAAGUUAACCGCCAAAGACCCGCGGUGGAUGACCACCGGCGAGUACGGCGUCAUUCAGUUUAGCCACAAGUAAAGCGAUAAAUCAUGCUCUGGUUUAUUCAACAAACAAUAGGUAGUGUAAUACCGCUGAUUGGUCUCUCUUUCGUUUUCACGUGUUAGUUUUGCUAGUCUAAACUUUUGAUAUUGUGUUCAUUUGUACGAAACAUUGUAACCAAUUUUGGAAUUUUAAAGUGUUUUUUGUUUGAGUGUUUAAAAUUUCUUUGAAAAAUUGUGUGUGCUUUAGCAGCAAAAUAAAUUAAUUGUAAAAAAAAUCGAGUCACAAACAGAGAAGAAAUAAAGAAGCAUCACAAACCUCCUCAAAA